UGGGUUUGGGCUGACGUAUGCUUCUGGCCUGUUCUCAUCUAAGAACGAACCUAUAAAUAUGUCGGUUUACUCGUUAUAGAAACCUAUUUUGAAACUGUUUGAGAUUAGCGAUGAAUUUUCUAAAUUCGAAACCGCCUCCCAACUACGUCGCCGGACUUGGUCGUGGCGCCACCGGCUUCACCACCCGCUCCGACAUCGGUCCCGCACGCGCCACCACAAUAGGCAAUCCCGAAUACUUUAGAGGAAAAGAACCCGCAAACGACGAAGACGAUGAAGAUCAUACACAAUACGACGAGUUUGAAGGUUACAACAACGCUGGAUUAUUCAAUUCGGAUGAUUACGAUUUUGAUGAUAAAGAAGCCGAUGAAAUUUGGGAUUCAAUUGAUAAGAGAAUGAGUAGGUCUAAGAGAAACGAUCGCGUUCUAACAGAGGAAAAUUCAAAACCUAAAUUUACUGAACAAUUUUCUGGUUUGAAACGGAAUUUGUAUACGCUAUCUAUGAAGGAUUGGGAGAGUCUUGAUGAAUUUCAGAGUGGUAUUCAUUCAUUAAGGAAUAAGAAGAAAACUAGGUUUGAGAGUUUUGUUCCUGUUCCUGAUACUCUUCUUGAGAAAGUAAUGAAAGAGAAGCAACAUGUGUCAGUAAUUGGUGGAAAUGAUUUGAAUGCUGUUGGUGAGGGUAGAGGAAAUGUUUUGUCAUUGAAAUUGGAUAGGUUAUCGGAUUCGGUUUCGGGGAUGACUAAUGUUGAUCCAAAGGGGUAUCUUAGUGUUCUUUGUAACAAUGUUAUUGCUAGUGAUACUGAGGUUUCAGAUUUUAAUAAGGCGAGGUUGUUGUUAAAGAGUGUUACUCGAACGAAUCCGAAGUAUGCUUGUGGAUGGAUUGCGGCUGCCAGGUUGGAGGAGUUGGCGGGGAAGGUUAAGGAAGCAAGGUUAUUGAUUAAGAAAGGAUGUGAAGAAUGUCCGAAGAAUGAGGAUGUUUGGUUGGAGGCUUGUAGGCUGGUGAAUCCAGAUGAAACGAAGGGUGUGAUAGCGAAAGGUGUUAAGUUUAUUCCGAAUUCUGUUAAGUUGUGGAUGCGGGCUUCGGAUUUGGAAGAUGAUGAUGUGAAUAAGAGUAGGGUUUUGAGGAAAGGGUUGGAGUGUGUUCCGAAUUCGGUUAGGCUUUGGAAGGCGGUUGUGGAGCUUGCGAAUGAGGAAGAUGCUAGGCUUUUACUUCAUAGAGCCGUGGAGUGUUGUCCUUUACAUGCGGAAUUGUGGCUUGCACUGGCCAGGUUGGAAACUUAUGACAAUGCUAAGAUUGUUCUCAAUAAGGCACUUUCUAGGUUGCCAAAGGAGGCGACUAUAUGGAUAGCGAUGGCCAAGUUGGAAGAAGCUAAUGGGAAUACAGACAAGGUUGGCAAGAGAAUUCAGAAGGCUUUGGAGGAAGGAGGUGUGGUGAUCAAUAGAGAAACUUGGAUGAAGGAAGCAGAGGUGGCAGAACGAGGUGGUUCGAUUGAAACUUGCCGAGCAAUAAUAAAAAAUACAAUUGGAAUUGGAGUUGAAGAAGAAGAUAGGAAGAGAACAUGGGUAGCAGAUGCUGAGGAAUGCGAGAAAAGAGAUUCUAUUGAGACUGCCAGAGCUAUAUAUGAUCAUGCCUUGAAUGUCUUCUUAACUAAGAAGAGCAUUUGGAUCAAAGCAGCACAACUUGAAAGAAGUCACGGUACAAGGGAAUCUUUUGAUGGUUUACUUCGUAGAGCGGUCACCUACAUACCACAGGUUGAAGUUCUUUGGCUUAUGCUUGCCAAGGAAAAAUGGCUUGCCGGAGAUGUGCCUGCAGCUCGAGCACUUCUCCAAGAAGCUUAUGCUGCCAUACCAAAUUCAGAGGAAUUAUGGCUUGCGGCUUUUAAGCUCGAAUUUGAAAAUCACGAACCUGAAAGAGCUAGAAUGUUGUUGGCUAAAGCAAGAGAUCAGAUAGGAGGUACAGAGAGAGUCUGGAUGAAGUCAGCUAUAGUUGAGAGAGAACUCGGAAACGUUGAAGAGGAAAGGAGAAUGUUAAAUGAAGGAUUGAAGCAAUUCCCUUCGUUUUAUAAAUUGUGGUUGAUGCUUGGCCAGCUUGAGGAACGGCUUGCUAAGACUACAAAGCGACAAGAUCAGCCUGAGAAGCGGCAUUCUCACAUGAUGACAGCCAAGAAGGUCUAUGAAUCUGGACAGAAAAACUGUCCUAAUUCUGUGCCGCUUUGGCUCUCUCUUGCUAAUCUUGAAGAGGAGAUGAAUGGGCUGAGUAAAGUUCGUGUAAUUUUCACAAUGGCUCGCAAGAAGAAUCCUCAAAACCCCGAACUCUGGCUAGCAGCUAUUAGAGCAGAAUUAAAGCAUGGAUACAAGAAAGAAGCUGAUACGUUGAUGGCAAAAGCAUUGCAGGAGUGUCCCAACAGUGGAAUUCUAUGGGCAGCUUCAAUCGAGAUGGCCCCUCAUCCCCAGCGUAAAACCAAAAGCAAGGAUGCACUAAAGAAAUGUAACAGUGAUCCCCAUGUUAUAGCUGGUACGGCCAAAUUAUUAUGGCACCACAGGAAGGUGGAGAAAGCCAGGACUUUGCUGAAUACGGCUGUGACACUUGCUCCUGACAUCGGUGAUUUUUGGGUCUUGUGCUACAAAUUUGAACUGCAGCAUGGAACUGAGGAGAAUCAGAAGGAUGUAUUGAAGAGAUGUGUUGCUGCUGAACCGAAACACGGGGAGAAAUGGCAAGCAGUCUCGAAGGCAUUGGAGAACGCUCACCAACCAACAGAGUCCAUCUUGAAGAAAGUUGUGAAGUACACUUCAGAAGGAUGAGAAUGCAGCUGAGCAUCCAUCUUGUGCUAUUUUUAAAUAUUAGUUUUGCAGCUUCCUCCUGUAAUUAAUGCUUUUCUUUCUUUCACUUUGCAGAUUUUAUAACCAUUUUUCAUAGGUAUCCUAAGAAUUCGUGUUGUAUAUGAAGAAAGAUGGCAUCAGACCAUCAACACUAUUAAUGUACAACUGAAGGAUGUAUUCCAUCGACAGCAUUUGAGUUGGUACUUUCGAUUUUGGAUGGAUUGAUCAUAACUUUGUAAGGCCAAUCCAAAAACCGGUUAACAAUGUCACUUGAUUAUAUUCUCCUAACAAAUGGCAAAUAAUAAUUAUUUUUGCUUUUA